AUGGAAAAACAGUAUAUACGCUCAUAUAUAAAAACUCGUUGCUUAUUAGGUUUAACAGCUACACAAAUUCCUGAUAAAUUAGCUACUGCAUAUGGACAGGAUGUAGUUUCAUAUUGUACAGUUACUCGAUGGAUUCAACGAUUUUCAAAUGAACGAGAAUCUUUGGAAGAUAAUCCUCGACGUGGUCGUCCAUUAUCCGCCAUCAUUCAACAAAAUAUUGAUGCAAAAAGACCAUCAUCAACAGCAAAUCACGUUAAGCUGCAUCAUGAUAAUGCACGACCCCAUGUGAAUGAUAUUGUUCUUAAUUAUCUUCAAGAAGAAAAAAUCAAAGUUAUGGCUCAUCCACUAUACUCACCUGCCUUUGCUCCUUCAGAUUUUUGGUUGUUCAGUUAUCUGAAACGUAGCCUUGAUACUUAUCCAGAUGAUACCAGUUUAGCUAAAGCGUUAUCCAAGUAG